CUAAAAUGUGCGACCCACAAACUUUUUAUAGAAAAAUUGAAACCUCCGUAACUUUUCACUCCGACCACUUUGAUGCACAAAUGCAACGGUUUUGAGCUAGUCUCAGCGAGACCUUUUUAACGACCUAUAAAGCGUAUCUCUAACCCUAGUAAUUCUUAAGUUGAAAAGUGACACAGACGGACGUCUUUGCGUUUUAUAUAUAUAAGAUAAGAUAAGAUAUGAAGUUGUAUCUUGAAUAUUAAUUAACUCAAUUUUUAUCAAAAUAAUGUAAUGUGUGUCAUAGAAAUAAACCUAAUGAUUACUACAUAAAAACCUUUUGAUGUAGUAGAAUACAAAGAAAAGUUUGACAUUUCUAUCAGCUGAUGGGAUUCAAUAUGGCUACUCAGAAAACACGCUGUCUGUCUAUGGUCGAAGGGACGCCAACAAAUGAUUGAUAUCGUAUAUAAAAAUAACAUUGUAUAAAAAGAUAGUGAAACUUUUUUAAUUAUCGCAUUUCACAAUGGCUGGCAGCGAAGAAGUAUUAGAAGGAUUCAUUUGUCCAAUAUGUAUGACAGAUUUCAAAGCACCGUAUCAAUUGACUAAACAUUUCGAAGAUUUUCAUAAUGAUGAUCCAGAGAUUUUGAAAUCGCUUAAAGAUCUUUUUGGCAAGGCUAAAAAGAAAAUUUUAAAGCAAGAUGAAAUAUCAGAAUCAUUUGCAGAAAACAUAUCGCAUAAGAGGCAACGCAGUCCAGAAAUUAAUUGGGGACCUCAAGAAAUAGGCGAAAUAAAAUCACAUACAAAGUACUUUAAGGAAAUAAGAAACAUGAGACUGGAACGAUAUUCUAGUGAAACAAACAAACUUUUGAUAAGACUAGAUAAAUUAUUAAAUAAUUUACCAAAUGAUCCAGUUGAUAGAAAAGUUCAUGAACGUACCAUUGUGCCAUGGAUAGAUGAAAAGGAUGUAAAAUUAUGUCCAACUUGCGCAAAGAGCUUUCAUGUUGCAAGAAGGAAACAUCAUUGUAGACUAUGCGGUGCUGUUAUGUGCCACAGUUGUACAAUAUUUCUAUCUUUACACGAUGCAAAAAAAAUGACAAGUCCUGUAUCUGUACAAGAUGAUUUAGCGGUAUCUCCUGUUUCUGAACGUCCAAUUUCAGAACGGAUAGUACGCGCUGGUAUCGGUCUUACAAAGCUAGCUAGGUCACCGUCCAGUAGUAGUUUAAACAGUGUACUAUCAUUGGUUAAUGAUUCAACAGGUACUGAACAGCAUUUUAGGAUUUGUACACAUUGUGCAAAUCUGCUUGAUGCACGAGAAAAACAGAAAGCAAAACAUUUUGACAAACCAAUUGUAUGUCAGUUCUAUGAAAAAAUGAGAUCAUACAUGGAAGAGGCUUCUCAACAUGUCAAAAUGUAUAACAAAAUGUGGGAAUCCUUAAGCGAAGGAGAAUCUACGUAUAAUCUAGAAGAUGCUCAAACUUUAAGAGUUAAGAUAGCGAAAUUAGGAGAAAAUAUAGACUUGAUUAGCAAAAGAAUUUCUGUACUUGGAACAAAGUGUGUGGAAAGUCCUCCACAGGAACAAGAAGUACGACUGCAUCACAUGGUCAGAGUAUCCGCAAUGAUAUUUCUAAAGGAAGAAUUACUAAGCGUGCAAGCUUUGCCUUCGCCAGAGAAAUAUGCAGAAUUACAGAAGGAACGUCAGAAACGAUUAGAAGCUAGAAUAGCAUAUGAAAGACAAUUAGAAGAAGAACAAAGGGAAAGGUCGAAAGAACAACGUAGAAGAGAAGGAUGGAAUACCGAGGUUCGACCUCCUGUAAAAGAUAACAAUCAAGAUAAACCGGCAGUGGUGUUGAACCAAUCGCAAGGUUGGGGUCCUUCUAAUGUUACACCUAUAAUGCCUCCUUCUAUGGAUCCAAUAAUCGAACAAAUGAGCAAUCUUCGAGCUUAUAUCAAGCAAGCUAGAGCCGAUUGCAGAUACGACGAAGUUGCAACGUUGGAGAGUAAUCUUAAAGAACUUCAAAGCGCCUACUUUACUAUGAAACAAAGUAAUAAUAGCGAUGGAUAGGUCGUAAACAUAUCUGCAUUUUUUUUUUACUAGAGAAUCCUGUAUUUCUUAUCAAUUUCAAUAAGACUUAAUAAAUCUCUCUAUUGUAUCACAAGUUUCGUUGCAUCUGUUUUAUGUAUUACUGCACAGUGUGAUAUAUUUUAAAAGUUCCUUUGCAUUGAUGAAUUUAAUUAUAUACAUCGCCGUGAUAUUUCACAAAAAGUAUACUACUGAAUUAUUAUUGUACAUAAUAAUGUAAGAAAGUAUGUGGUUUAUAAAAUAAUAUUUAUAUUGAAAUUAAAUGUACAGAAUUAAAAAUA